CAGUUUCAUCAUAAUCGGGCCAUGGGAUCAAAGCCCAUUGUGUCGUAGCGCCGCCGCAUCUGAGAGAUACGGGCCUGGCACUAAAGCGCCCCCCGGGAAAUAGCACCGGCGCGGGGGAAUUGAGUGAAUAGAAGGCCCCUGGGGGAAUGCGUCCACCUCAUUGGCCAAUCGCCAAAGCGCAUGCAUACACCUCUCCGCUGUUUCGGGAAGCUCGUGGCGUCUGGCAGAGCUGGCCACAUUGCCUCAAGCCUCAAGGGGUCCCCUCUCCUCUCAGCUACCACGGCGUUCUAAAGCCAUUCCGCAUUGGCCAGAUAUUCCGUUCUCUCUCUUCCUCCUUCUUUCCUCAACGAAGCCCGAUUGUCUCCCUCCCCCAAAGCCCAACGGCCCUCCUUCCGCACCGCCUCGUUCGCCUCAUUUCUUCGUCCGCGCCCCAAAUCCCAAGAUUCGCCACCAUGAAGGACCUCAAGAUCGAUGUCACCCACUCCGUCGAGUGCGAGCGCAAGACCCAGAAGGGCGAUAAGCUGUCCAUGCACUACCGGGGCACUUUGCUCGCCAACGGCAAGCAGUUUGAUGCUAGCUAUGACCGCGGCCAGCCUUUCAGCUUCAAGCUGGGCGCCGGCCAGGUGAUCAAAGGAUGGGACCAAGGUCUUCUCGACAUGUGCAUUGGAGACAAGAGAACUCUCACGAUCCCUCCCGAGCUGGGCUACGGCCAGCGCAACAUGGGUCCUAUCCCGGCUGGUUCGACUUUGGUCUUUGAGACCGAGCUGUUGGCCAUCGAGGGAGUCAAGGCCCCCGAGAAGCCCACCGAGAAGCCCACUGAAGAGACAGUGGCCGGAAAGGUAGCUGAGAAGGUUGCCAGCGUCGCUUCCGAGGCUGCUGAGGCCGCCGGGACGGUUCUCGCUGACACUGACGAGACCGAGGGUCACGAGGAGUUGUAACGAGAUAAUGAUUUGUAAAUACUAGCUUCUUCCUUUUUGAGCCUGCAUAGCCGAUAUCGAACGUCAAAUGAAACGUUCCCUCGAAACGUUCCUCUAUUUUGCGUGAUAAAUAACAACUCUAUCCAUGUUAAGCUUUGAUCGGCCGUCAGGAAUCCAU